ACGAACGCAGGCAUUGAAGGGAUAUCGGAUGAGCCACAAGUAGGAUCAUCCCUAGGUGUAGAACGCGGCAUUACGGGCGACUAGCGGUACACCUGUUUAUCCGCGGUAGGUACUUCAGUGAGCCUUCAGAUCGACGCGCAUGCGCUCAAAAGCGCGACCAAUCCUGACGUCGCUGCUGCCACCGCUGCGCGCGCACGAACCGGUCUAGUGGAAAUACCCGCAGUGUGGGAAAGCGCGCAGGGCAAAAUACAGAGCGGGCGUCGCGCGCGGAGAACGGCGCGAGGGGAGGGGCUUGACACGCGCGCUGCGCCGCGCGAGAGUCUCCGAGAGAUUCAGCGCGAGGGAGCGAGAUGCGCGCUGCGCGCUAUAUAUGUAUGUCACCGAGGUGGUGUGCUCGUCGCUCGGAUACCCCGUCUACGCGAGAGAGAGCUGGCCGAUUGAAUAUUGAUAGAGCGCCGCCGACGUUUCGCGCGCCGGGAUGACGCGCGAGUAACCGGGAGCUGCGGGGGGGCCCGGAACGGUGUGUUGCGUCGCGGACGCCCGCGGGACGGCAGCUAGAAUGCGCGGCCGCCCUCGCCGCAGCGCGUACGUGUCGCAAGUGAGUCGAGCUCGCGAUGGACGCGGCCAUGUUUCCUGCUAGCAGAAAUCCUGUCCGUUAAGUGACUCGCCGCCUGAUCGUGUUGCCACCGGAAGAGCGGAGCGUGCAGAAUGCCGAAAUGCGAUGUGAAGACGAGGUAUCUGCCAGCUACGUUCGCGUGGACGGUCCUACUCGUCACCACGGCGCUCUUCUUCAUAUUCCCGUCGACUUACUAUGUCUCUCACUGGGGCUUGUGGGUACCGGCUCUGCAAGGAGUUAUCACCUUCUUCGUGGUGAUCAACUUCUCGCUGGCGACGUUUAUGGAUCCCGGUGUUAUACCAAAAGCGCCUCCUGACGAAGACCGGGAGGAUGACUUCCGGGCUCCGUUGUACAAGAGCGUGGAGAUCAACGGUAUCACCGUGCGCAUGAAGUGGUGCGUCACCUGCAAGUUUUAUCGACCUCCACGUUGCUCACAUUGCAGCGUCUGCAAUCACUGUAUCGAGACAUUCGACCAUCACUGCCCGUGGGUGAAUAACUGCAUCGGUAGGAGGAACUACAGAUACUUCUUCUUCUUUCUUCUGUCGCUCAGUCUUCACAUGCUCAGUAUAUUUGGGCUCUGUCUAUAUUACUUGCUGGAGCACAAAGAGCGCCUGAGCGAGGUCAACACUAUUGUUGCUCUCAUCCUCAUGGGAGUGGUGAUGCUCCUGUUCAUUCCAAUCUUUGGACUGACCGGCUUUCACGUGGUCCUCGUCUCCAGAGGACGCACCACGAACGAACAGGUAACCGGCAAAUUUAACGGCGGCUACAAUCCCUUUUCUCGUGGUUGUCUGCGCAACUGCUGUUACACACAGUUUGGACCACAAUACCCAAGGUAUUGCAAGGAGCCAAGCUUACUUAAGCCUGAUAAGUAUUCAGGGAAGCGACGUGGAGCGUGCGCGUCAGAGAUAUCUACCAUAGGCAGUGAGAACCAGGUAAAGACCUACAUGGAUAGCAGCAAUGGUGUUAGAAAUGCCAGUUCAAAUGCUUACAAUAAGUUGUCUCCCGGACGAGAUGGAUCGGACACAGACAUGGAACCGACGGCGUCUCAGUCCGCGGACUGCGAACCCACGCCGCCGUUGCAAAGACACGGUUCCAAGAGCAAUUUCUUCCUGCCACCUGUGGAGAACAACGAAUCUCCCAGGCAUCCUCCGCCGUCGCAGCUUCGCCAUCCAAUACAUUAUCCUAGAGGCAGUCCACAUCCGAGGCCAAGAGGGAUGAAUGGAUCUCGAAGUCACACACCAGACCCGUUAUCACCGGAGACGAGUGGUUCGCCGGCCACGGUACCUCAGCGUCAGGGUGGCGCCAGCCCGACGAUGCAACAACGUAUCAAAGCUAUUGGAGUACCCACUCCGCUUGCCAUAUCCAGUCCCAUACGAAGGAAUGAUGCGCUGCUCUCUCUCCUGUAUGUCUCGCCAGAGCCGUAUUUGUAUGGCUACAAUGCUCAAGCACUCGCUAUUCAUCUUGGUUCACUAUCAAACCCGGGUACACCGACGCAGGUCCGUCGGCCGGAUUUCAUCGGCGUGAACGAAGCGCCGACGUAUUACGAUGUACAGCAGGGAAACCACACGGGAAUCGGCGUUCCCGGUUCCGUCAUUACUGGCUACAGCCCGCAGCGGCGUUUCCUGUCGGAGAGCGAGCUCGUGCGGCAGGGCACCGACCAUCCGUACUCGAGGACCAACAACACGGUCGACAACAUACGCGAACUGGCGGGCUCGCCGCAGCGCGGCGUCUACAUGUGGAAGGACAACUCUCCCGGCAGCUAUCCAGGCCCACCCCCCGGGGGAGCGGGGAGCGGCGCGCCCCAUCAGUCGCCCUCCCAUCGACCGCCCCCGCCGUACGACUACUAUCGCUCCAAUCCCACGAGUCCGACUCAGCAGUCGCAGUACACGAUGAACGCUCCCAGGCCACCGUUGCAUCCAGCUCUGAGGGGCGGAGUGCCCGUCUUCCCGCCGCAUCCAUCGCACCAGUCGCCGCAGGUCAAACGGAAAGCGACCACGAUGGCGACGCCCACCACGCCGACCUCGGGAGACGCGCGGCGUCGACCGAUGUCCUUCGUCAGAGCCCUGGAGAUGACCGACUCCAUGGAGAUGGUCUCGGCGCCCAACGAUCCGAGGUCGCAGAGGCCGACCACGCCGACGCCGGACCGUGCGAGCGUAUACGAUAUGAACUACGAGAUAUCCGUAUAGCCCACCUUUCCGGUCUCCGCACCAUCCUGUGGCUGGACGGAGAUUCUACGAGAGCCGCCGAGUAGCCUGCAUGUCUUACGCUCCAACGAGGAAAGGAUGUAUGCCGUUUACGAGAUAUCCGUCUGAAUUCUUCCGCGAUCGAUGCAGUUGCGCGCGUCUAACGUUACACGUGGACAGUAAACGUAAACCGCGGCUGGUUCUUCAGUUUCGUUUAUCGCCAUGGGAUUAUAAUUCUUACCGAAUACCGAGCAUCGGGACUUGCCACAAGCAAUCAGGAUACGCGUGGUGUGCACAUCUGAUAAGUUGCCAUCAGUGAUGUGUGUGUGCGCGCGCGCAAAUCAUAUCGCGAUUGACAGUACAUAGUAUUUAUUAUCGGCGAGGAAGUCGGCCCGUUGACGCAUUUAACGUUGUGAAUUCGUGGGAGGCAGUAAAUACACGAUGAAUCCUUACUUCUCCAAAUCUUCCUUUGGCAGUGGAAUCUUACGGCACGACAGUCACCAGAGCUUGCAUUUUACGCAAGACGAAGCAACGUAUUGGUAAUAUCUUAUGAUUAGUCGUCGUUAAUGAAGAAAUAGAUUCCAUGUGCUUAGCAGCAAAGUAUGUCCGUUACGUCGAGAAAUACCAGCGUUCGGUCCGACUGACGAUCCGAAUUAAUGAGUCACGGAGGAGUCAACGAAAGUAUAUCCCGAGCGCACAGAGGUUGACCUUUAUUGGAACCAUCGCCGAUAAUCGGUCCUCUCGCUUGACAGAAGCAAUUAUAUUUUUUAGUACACGUUUAAGGUCAGUUUAGAUUUUUAUACAAUGACACCGUGACUCAUCCUCCUAUAGAAUAGAAAUGUUAAUCCAACGUCAUCCUUUUCUUUUUCUUUUCCUCGUUCAUAUCUCCAUUGCCGACAAGGCGCGAGUGAUUUGAGAAAAACUAAACAGAAGCACUAGGGAUCACUUGAUUAUAUCCUUAUUAGCUCUUCGGAUACCAGAGGAGUCCAUUAAAAAUGAAAAAAAAGGGGAGUUACUUAACCAACUUAAGUCAUUAUCGGGAUAGAAUAACAAAUCUGUGUAAAAUAAUCGUGGAAUAUGUAGCAAAUUUUUAAUAUACAUAUUUAACAGUAUUUAUACGUAAAUGAUUAAAAAAAAUAUAAGACUUUAUAAUUUGACUUGUUUGUUAUAAAUGAUGAUUUAUCGAUGUGCCCACUAACAUAUUUUAUUUCUAUAUAAAGGGUUCGCAGAAGAGAAUAUGUGAAAGUACGAGUGUAAAAGAAAAGUUAACGUGCGAAUGAGAGGAAUGCAUUUUCAGAAGAGUGAAAAGUACACAGGUCUAGUUUUCUCAAAUGUACACAGGGGUGGCUGUUCAUAAUAUAUGCGCGAACGUAAAGAUAGAAACUAUUUUGAUUUUGUUAAAGAGGAACGCAAAGAGAGAAUUGUAAUAUACGCAUUGCAUAAAUCCAUUGCUGCAUUCAUCGCUGCUGUUAAAUUUGUGAUAUACAUCCCGCUUUUGAAAUUGCAUGAUGGUUUCUCUAUGGUGUAUGUGUAUAGGAAGCCAAUAUAAUUAUAUCGGCUAUAAUUACAUUGCUACAGGCUGCAACGCGAUACUAAUUGAAUUUUGCGUACGCACUCGAUUCACGAUGGAAUCGACUUAGUGUUACACGACACAUAUCAUUUUGACGUCAGACAUCGAAUAUUUUUUAGAAUUGAAACAAAAAUUUGCAUUUGGUAUUAACGACUGCUUGACUACAGAACACAAUGUUAUAACGAGGAUUAUAAGCAUUUCUUCCGUAUCUCUUGAUAAGCUACAUUUAGGAUCCGUUUAACAGACUCGUUUUGUUUCUAUUAAGAUAACAAACUGUGUGCCAAAAAAUUCCCCCGUACUAUUCAAUCGUGUAGUCUUGCUUGAAAUAGCAUUUAAUGAGACAACGGUACAACGUUACAAAUUGAUUAAGGUAAUAAUGUGUAAGGUAUGGCGAGUGUUAAGUGUUUAUAAUUCGGUGUAUUUGUACAUAAAUAUUGCUCGUUACUUCUAUCACUUAAAUGUACAUACAUAUAUCAUUCGGUACUUACGUAUCGCCGCAGCAAUCUACAGAAUAAAAAUCAUGAAACAUAGUAAAUUAUACUGUGUUGUAUCGUGGUAAUAUUUUUUUAUGUGACGUUUUUCGUUUUUCUAUUAAGCCUAUUGUUUUACCGAAGGAAAAGAGAAAAGUCAUCGAUGGACUAAACGCGUUUUUAAAUUCAACAACCGACUGAUUGUAAAAGAAAAUAUUUUAUUCGAAUUAAAGUACAUCUCGACUAAACAAAAAUAUUGCACGAGGAUGUAUCUGGCAUCAACGCACGUGUUUUUACAAUGUUUCACAUUACGCUUCGCAAAUUCAAAUAUAUGAGCUACUUAAACUUGAGUUAUUCAAAAUGCAAUUAACUUGGAAAUUGGAAACAAUUCCUUUUCAGUGUUAAGAAAUGCUUAUUAUUCGUUCACUAUGUUAAAAUAAAGACAAUCUGAUUUCAAAUUAAAAAACAUUGCUAAAAACUUAUUAACUCUAACAAGUUAUUAGCAAUACGAAACUAGCUAACAAAUCAGUGUCAAUUGCUUAUCCGUCUUGAGAAAUAUCUUGGGAAUGUUAAACUAUUUUAGUUUUAAAUAAUUAGCAUUUAUACAUAUAUAUAUAUAUAUAUUUACAAUCAGGGAUCUGUGUAAACAACGUUAUAUAAUUCUGUUGAUGAUAUUAAAUAUAACUUGCAACGGUC